AUGGCGUCGCUAUCGUUCUCCCUCUCCCCCGAGGCGAUAUACCAAUUACACGAUGCUCUGAUGUGUCUGGGCAGAUUCGGCGAUAGUGUAUCAUUUGAAGCCCAAUUUGAUCUCCUUCGUUUGAGCGUUCUGAACGUCACCAAGACAGCCUACGCCGCUUUCGCGUUUGACGCCGACAAGUUCUUCGAAUCUUACUCAUUCGGGGUGAACAGAAACCAUCUGUCUCCAGGGGUCGAGACUCACAAGUUCUGCUGCCAGAUCUUGAUCAAAGCGCUUGUCUCCGUCUUCAAAGGAAGGGUAAGCGGGCGCAACAAGGACACAUCGGUCGAGCGCUGUGAGGUCGAGCUGCAGGACGAUCCCGAUGAGACAGAGUGCCGUCUCAUCAUCAGGCUGAUCUGUGGACUGGGUGUCAUCAAACUGUACAGACUCUCAUACGAACCUGUUCUGGUGCAACAUGCAACAUUCGACCGGUCUAGAGCGACGAACGAAUGGAGCAUUGAGCCCAGGUUUCUGAAAGAAGUCACAGAUCACUUCGUCCCGUCUGCCGAACAGCUGGACAUUUACUCGGAGCACGGCAAGACCGUCUUUACUAGCUUCACUACCAAGAUUGUCGAGGGAAAAGAGAUCCUGCGGCAACCGGUGCACACCUCGGUAGCCAUCGACAAACGGGACUUUGAGUAUUAUCUGGCCGAGGACAAUCUUCACAUCGCGAUCAACUUAAGGGACUUCAAGGCUGUCCUUGCGCAUGCUGAUCUUGUCCACGCCAGACUUACCGCCCGAUACACCACCCCAUGUCGCCCGCUGCAGUUUGCAUACGGGCUCGAGGGCGUGAGCUCCGAAUUUACCGUGAUGACGAGAGGUGCAGCAGUUGAGGAUGAUGGUGUGAGCUCGUCUCGAGCCGCCGCACCCCAAUUGUCAGCUAGACAGACACCUGCUCCCGUGCAAGUGAAUCAGCAGCGGACAACCGCAACCGAUGCGAGCCGGAUGCCACCGCCGCCGGUGCGGCGGAGUCGGUCUCUCCGCCCUCUGACGGGGACGUCCGCGCGGGCUUCACAAACGCAAACCGACACAGAGUCCCGGAGACCUCAAUCGCCGGCCGAAUUUGAUAGUCUCUUUGUGCCUGCAGAUGACGACAGGCAGUGGGAUGUGCCGAAUGAGGAGGAGGAGGAGGAGGAGGAGGCGCAGGCCGAAGACAAGCUGGGCUGGGAUGCAACAGGUGAUGAUGACACUUUCACCGCAAGUCUGGGGCCGCGGGUACCGAAUGAGGAAUCCGAGGCUGCCGAACUGGGCCAGGAGGAUGAGACGGGCAUUCCGCCUACCCAGCCCAUUUCACAGGUAUUUCGAGCCUCCUUCCCCUUGACAACGACGAAGGGAACUAACGCCGUCAGCUCCAUGGGCUUGGUCUGUUCGAUUGAGCAAUCGAGCAUAGCCAGCAUCACUCCCUCAAGAAGUGAUAAUCCAGCUUGUCGCGCAACCAGCGCCAACUCCCACGAUCUCGGACUCACCCUCAGGCAGGGGAAUCCGCGUGGACUCGUCCUUGACAUUGCCCUGCGCAUCGGUAUCAGGGCCACAGUUACCAUGCUCGCCCCAACCACAAGCUACCACCGAGUAAUCAUCCAGCCGAGCAAGAAGAUGCUCGCUGCCCACCGCCAAGUCCCUGACUUUACCCAAGCCAGGCGCUGGCGGAAGCUGUCCGCGGUCAUUCCUGCCCCAAGCCACCACCUCCCCAGCAUUAAGAUGUACAUAGAUUCCAUGCCAGCUAACCUCGAUGGUCCGAUACCCUCCGGCGCACGCAGACGCCCCCGAUUGAAUCCCCCACUUAUCAUCCGCAGACCCCAGCACGACGAACUCCCCCUUGGCACGAUCCCCCAUGACCACCGUAAACUCCCGCCCACACGCCGCCCCCGUCGCGCGGAACCCUAA